AUGAGACGGCGCGCGGCGGGCGGCGAUCGCCACGUGCCGCCGCCGCGGCGGCUGCGCAGCGGCGUGGGCUUCGGCGCGGAGCACUUCGGCGAGGCGCGCUGCUACGUGGAGGGCGGCCUGCGCAAGGUGCGCCCCUACUACUUCGACUUCCGCACGUACUGCAAGGGCCGCUGGGUKGGCCGCAGCCUGGCGCACGUGCUGGGCGCCGAGUUCCGCGCGCGGCCCCUGGCCGCCUUCCGCGCCGCCGCCCGCGCCGGCCGCCUGCGCCUCAACGAGGAGCCCGUGCGCGACCUGGACACCGUGCUCAAGAAUAAUGACUUGAUCAGGAAUACAGUGCAUCGCCACGAGCCUCCAGUCACUGCACAGCCCAUCCAAAUCUUGGCAGAGGACGACGAGGUGGUGGUUGUGGACAAACCCUCCUCUCUCCCAGUGCAUCCAUGCGGCAGGUUUCGCCACAACACCGUCAUCUUCAUCCUGGGCAAAGAGCACAACCUGACGGAGCUGCACACCAUUCACCGGCUCGACCGCAUGACCUCGGGGGUGCUCAUGUUUGCCAAGACCGCGGAGGUGUCCAAGAGGAUUGACGAGCAGGUUCGCCAGAGGCAGCUGGAGAAGGAGUACGUGUGCCGCGUGGUGGGGCAGUUCCCAGAGGAGGAGGUGGUCUGUGAGGAGCCCAUCCUGGUGGUCUCCUACAAAGUGGGCGUGUGUCGCGUGGACCCCAAAGGCAAGUCCUGCAAAACCGUCUUCCAGAGGCUCAGUUACAACGGUGAGACCAGCGUGGUCAGGUGCCUGCCCUACACGGGCCGCACGCACCAGAUCCGCGUGCACCUGCAGUACUUGGGGCACCCUAUCGUCAACGACCCCAUAUACAACAUGAAGGCGUGGGGCCCUGCGAGGGGCAAAGGUGGCAAGAUUGAUAAAACGGAUGAAGAGCUGCUGGAGGCGCUGGUGGAGGAGCACCGUGCCAAGCAGAGCCUGGAUGUGUUGGGUCUUUCGGAAGAGGACUGGGACCCCAGCACAGGCAAUAAGGACUGUGGUAGCUCAGGUGACUGCGGGGAAUCUGCUGUGAACGGGRACUCCUGCCCUGCUGAGGACACUAAGGAUCUGGAGAGAGGUGAAAUSCCCACCGGUGUCCAGAGCUGCGAUACCAACCUGGGAACGCUCGGAAACAGCCAAGAGGGGAGGUCAGGCGAGGGCUCGGUUGGCUCCGUGGGAGAGGAGGGUGCCGACGAGAAGGACCCUCUGUGCCCGGAGUGCCGGAUAAGCCGGCGGGACCCCUCUCCGAGGGAGCUGGUGAUGUACCUGCACGCCCUGCGCUACAAGGGGGCAGGCUUYGAGUACUGCUCCAAGAUGCCCCCGUGGGCCAUGGAGGACUGGCAGGAAUGACGCCGGAGCCUCGGGCACUGUCCUGGCACGGCUGGAAAAGCGUGUGGUGAAGAGCCAUGCCCGUUUGAUGGGAGAAGCAACAGCUCUGCUCAGGUGGACUUUUCAGUGUGGCUGAGGUGAAUAAACUGCCUGUGGCUUGACGUGGGGUGGAGAAACUCGUGCUGCUCAUGGGUACUUAAAAGAUGAGCAGGAAAUCAGGGCUGCACCAUCUUUCCAGGUGUUCCCUUUAGUUAAUUAACACAUCUGUGCAACACCUGGCUUGGCACAGGCAGUUGGAAACCUUCACCUCAGCGUGUUCUGGGUCUGGCUCUGGUUACUCACACGGGUGCAGGGCAUGCACUUAAAUUCAACAGCUUGCUUCCUUCCAUCCUGUAUUUAAUGCKCUUGUAUCUGGGAAUGAGAAUGGCUGGAAUGUUGUUACCAUGCUGGAUAGCCUCUUAUGCAGAAAAACACUUCUACUUUGAUUUGUCAGGUYGUUUUAAAAGCCAAGCAUUAAACCUGAGAACAAAAUAUGCUAAAACCCAAACCUUGUAGAGCUGAUCCAUUCC